AUGCUCCGCCAGGAGGUUGCCCACCUCCCCCCGACCCUCUUUCCCGUGUACUCUGGCCUCCCCCCUUCCGCCAUUUCCAUUUCUACAUAUCACCAACAACUGUGGAGAAUACGCACCAAGUCGUCAGUACGUACCAUGUUCACGUCAUUCAGUGCCGAACCCGACUCUGUGGCCACUUCUUCGAUACCGACCAAGAAGACUCUAUUCGGCAGAUACCUCGGCCCGCAGUGGGAUUCACGCGCCAAUCUGACCUACAAAGUCGCUGUCAGCGAAGACUGUAAGCCUGGAACGCAAACUCCAGCCACCGCUGAGGAGCAAUGUGCCUACCAAACAAUCCCUGACAUCUUCACCCAGACCUACUUUGGAGUCCGCUGGCUCUCCAAGGAGCACGAAGAGGCGGCCUGGAUUGACGCUGCGGAUCGAGCACUCAAGGCGGCCUGCAUGGAAGCAUCUCACGAGAUACGUACAAUGACGAGGGCGUUUCCAUCGCAAUUCAAGGAUAUCAAGGUCAGUGCGACAGGGCAGGGAGGAGGUACUGUCGUUGCUGUCUGUGAUUGUGCGGUGCAACCUCCCCCUCGGAUCAGGCACUUCCAAGCGUACUGGACAGCUCCUGACCCCACCAACGACCACACGGACCGCUUUUCGAUCUUUGCGGAGUGCAGUCGGGCGGGGGUGGAUCCUCAGACGAAGAAGAGGAUUACCGAUCACUAUGGGGGCGUCAUCAGAUCCGCAUACAGCCAUUACCAUGCUGGGGAGACCUCCGAUGUGGCCGCCGGUUGCUGGUCGGAUACAAGGACCGGCCUAUGGGGCAGAUUCAACAAAUCGAGCAAGGGCUACACCUUCAUCGUCAGCAAGGAGCUAGCGGGUGCGCUGCCAGCUACAGGCGACGAGAGUGACGCAUUUCAGGAGACCAUGGAGAUUGCCUGGAUGAGGGCGGGUACUGCAGCACUCAAGAAGGCCGGCUUGGACCGCUCUUAUGUCUUCCGUGAUAUGUUCUACUAUUCUCGGUCGCGGCUGGAUAACAUCCCAGUGGGGCUAUCUCUGCGGUUGAGCAAUAGCAGCACGGUGGUGUGCAUUGGGAAGUACAAGCCCAGAGGGCCUGAUGCGGGACCUGCGUCACAGGUCACAUCUUCGCGUCCUCGGGCCACCACGAAUCGGCGGCGUGCCUCGCGUCAUCUCGACAAGUCCAAAGUCCAACGCAAACACAUCCAGGUGUAUUGGACUGCACCGGACGCCACAAGGGACGACAAGACCCCCUACUGGGUGGCAGUGGUCUGGAGCCAGGCGGAGGAGAAUCCCGAUACGAUCGCGAGCAUCAAGAGCGCCGUCGCAGACAUUAUCCAGUCUGUUCACCGCCGCCAGAUCAAGGUCGGGUCUGGACCGUGCGAUGUGUGCUCGAGUUUCUGGUCCGUCAAGCUCCCCCCUGACUACAUCCGGGACGAGGUGGAAUACAUCGAUGGGCUGACCAUGAGCCACGUCAAGGCUGAGGCCGAGCGCUUGGGCACAGCGCAUCCAGGAUCCGUCUUCGUGGUGUGCACAGACCGGGAGGAAGCAACGACGGGUGUUGCAGAGUGA